AUGGAUUCAGCUGUCCAGAACCCCAGUCCGGGCGAGAAUCCCGCUAAACAAGACCCUCCUACCCCUCAGGCGACUGUCGCAGACCAGGCCGGCGAGCAGAAAAUGGACUCGAGCGCAACUGGAAGAGGUGGCCGAAAUAAACAGAAAGAUAUGGGAAGGAAGGCUUACCGGCGCGCAGCAAACGACCGACAGGAGGCCAAACGGAGGAAGCUCGAGCAGGGAGAGAACCCAAUGCCAAUAUACGCCACUCAAUUCUCCCAGGAGGAUAUUGAUGCCGAUGUGCGGCGGCCAAAAAAGAAGGUCAUCGUCAUGUUGGGCUACUCUGGCACCGGAUACCAUGGAAUGCAGCUAUGUCCUACCGAAAAGACCAUUGAAGGAGACUUAUUUGCGGCCUUUGUUGCCGCUAACGCCAUCUCCAAGGCCAACGCCGUCGACCCUAAGAAAUCAUCCUUUGUCCGCUGCGCACGAACAGACAAGGGCGUACAUGCAGCCGGAAACGUGGUCUCUCUCAAGCUCAUUAUUGAAGACCCAGAUAUAGUACAGAAGAUCAAUGAGAAACUGAAUCCGCAAAUCAGGGUGUGGGGCAUCAUACCGGCGACCAAGGGAUUUAGUGCCUAUCAGUUCUGUGAUUCUCGGAUGUAUGAAUAUUUGAUACCCUCGCAUUGCUUCCUCCCUCCCCAUCCGAGCACUUUCCUGGCCCAGAAAAUGGUUGAAAUGGCAGAGAAGCAUGGUGAUAUGGAGGCAUUCAAAGAGAGACAGGCCGAGGUAGAGUCUUACUGGGAAGAAACAGACAAGAAGCACAUCCAGCCCAUAAUAGAUGCCCUGCCCGAGAAGAUCAAGCCCUACGUUCAAGCUGCAGUUGGCUCCGUUGGCAGUGAAGAAGAGAAGGCAACUCCAGCCAACAAUGGGUCUGGAGAAACUUGUGAAGAGCAAACAGAAAGUGAUACCAAAAAAUCCGACCUUACACCGGACGAACAAGCCCAGGUUAACGUGGCAAUCAAAGACAUCAGAACAGCCUACUUCAAAACCAAGAAUGAAUACCGUAUACCCCCUGAACGUCUUGCGCGCAUUAACGCCGCAUUAGCCCUCUACGUCGGCACUAAAAAUUUCCACAACUACACCAUCCAAAAGACCUUCCGCGACCCCUCCGCAAGACGCUUAAUAAAGUCUUUUAAAAUCUCCCGAGACCCUGUGGUCAUCAAUGGAACUGAAUGGCUAAGCUUGAAAGUUCACGGCCAAAGCUUCAUGAUGCAUCAGAUCAGAAAGAUGGUUGCAAUGGUUGCUUUGCUCGUUCGUUGCGGAGCAGAUAUCAAGCGUAUCGAAGAAAGCUAUCAGAAUUCCAGGAUACCGAUUCCCAAAGCACCGGGUCUGGGGCUGCUUCUUGAACGACCUAUUUUUGAUGGGUAUAAUAAGAAAGCCAAAGACCUCGGUAGAGAACUACUGGAUUUUGACAAAUAUGAGAAGGAAAUGGAUGAGUUUAAGCUUAAGGAGAUAUACCAGCGUAUCUUCACGGAAGAAGCUGAGAAACAUGCCUAUAAAGAAAAUACUUUCUUAUAUGUCACUUCAGGUGGCCUAGCUGCCUGCAGCUCGUCUACUACCCAACCCACUGCUGCUCAAGAGGAAGAUGCCAGGAAGGCUGAAAGCAAGGUUCUUGCAGAGGUUGAGUCAGAAUCCGAAGCAGAGCUUGUGGAUAACGGUGAAGACGGCGGUUAG